CAAGAACUUAUAAGAAAACAAAAUAUAUUUUAAACCUACAUUAAAUACAUUUUAUUGUAAUUUUGGACAAAACCAACACAUAAAAAUUACAAUCAUUCCAUAAAAACAUUUUUUUUUUUAACCACAAAACUUGUGUAAAAAUCUAAUCACAAAACUUAAUAAAAUACUCCUUUUUAAGAAGGAUUACACAUAGAAUGCCUUUCUUCAGAAAGUUCCAAAAGAUUUUCCCUAAUUUCAUUACUUAUUUCCUCAGCAUUGGGAACUUCUGAAAUCACCCAUGUAUCGUUGGGACUCUCCAGUCUUUCUCUGCAGAUUGGGCAAGUGUUGUUGAAUUCAUUCCUGCAUAAAAAUAAAUCGAACGGAAUGCAAACUACAAACUAGUGCAAACACAACUUACCAUUCUUCUAUACAUUGAGUACAGUAGCUGUGAGCACAAGGCAAAGUAACAUCUUGCUUUCUUUCAAAGCAAAUUAUACAUUCGUUUGGAAUUUCUGCAGAAUUAAGUGACUCGUGUAACAUGGUAGAGAUUGUUAAAUCUCCUAAAGUACUGGCACUAGUACUCUGUUCUGCUGCGACAAUCUGACAUUUGAAAGUUUUGAAAACUUUCAGGAAUUGACUCAAAGACAAUAACCUGUAGGUGAGGACUUUUUGAGAAUUUGAGUCAAUUUUAACGCAAGCGAUUUGAACAGUGGCUUUCCAAAACACUGUAGAAUCUGUGUCUUUUUUCACAGCAAACAUCAUUCAUACAGAAAAUCGGAAUGGCUAUCUCAUAAUGGUGCAUUAAAAUGAAUGAAAGAUAGCGCCCGUGCUGUUGUCACUUAUAUGUCACUUGUCAGUUCAGGCUGUGUUGACGUUGUGGUAAAUGAAAAUUAUUUCUUGAAUCUUCUUUUCUUGGGUGUAAAAAAUUAAAACAUAAUAUUUUCCAUUUUAGGAAAAAUCCAAAUUUUCGCUUGAAGAAGUGCACGAUUAUCAAAAAAAUACAAUGGAUUUUUGUCAGCUACUGCAUAAGGCACAAAAAAAUGACCAAAAUAGUUCCAAUAGGGCUAGAUACUACAGUACAAAAUUCGAAGCACCCAAAAAAAUCAAAAAAGAAAACAAAGAUUUAUCAGACAAUAUCAAAAAAUUCCUGGCUAAAAAAGAAGCAGAAGAAGCGCAAAAACGUCUUGAAGAACAACGGAAAAAAGAGGAACUUUUAGCACUAAGAUCCCAAGACAAAAAGGCAACACGUCGUGUCAAUGUAAUGUUGAAAAGGACCAAAUCAGCUAAUCAGUCUGUUCUGGACGAUGCUACAGAUAAUCAGCAAACGGCAGUCACUAAGGCAGGUCUUGACCAGCCUGACGAAGACGAUUACGGAUACGUGUCUCAGGAAGCUUCAGCUCUCUAUGAAAAAAUGAUGGAGAAAUAUAGCCAGAUGCCUGAAGAACCCAAAUUCAAUUUGCUCAAGAAAAAAGUCAGUUCCAAUCUAAACAACACAAAAGACAGGGUAAGAGCAGCUCUGGAAAAAGAACGAGAGGAAGCUAUGCAACCUCACAGGAGAAAAAGGAAAAAGAAAGAUGUGGAAGAAGAUAACAAAAACGGGGAAAAAGCAGAUAGUCCUGAACGAACAUUAGAAAACAAACAAAAAGAUGUUGCCAAACCUAAAAAACCUCGACCUGCUGCUCCACCUCCAAUGAGUUUCACUGAUCUUUUGAAAAUUGCAGCUCAAAAACAGCACGAGCCAAUUAUUAUAGAGGAAAAACCACAAGAAGAAGAAAAACUGUACACUAAAAAGCAAAAAAAGGAGUUGGAAUUUGAGAGAGAAUGGAGGAAAAAACGUGAAAAUCGUCACAAAGAAAUGGAUCGUAAUAGCAGCAACCUUGCUGCUGAGUCUAAAAUAUUAGAAAAGGCAUUAACAAAGUCAACUACUAGUGAAAAGCCUACUUUGAUAAAAGAAAAAGACAAAUUACCUUUAAAACAAGUCAAAUUUGCUAGUUCUAUUAAAAAGCCUUCAAUUAUUAAUAAUAAAUCCUCAAACAGUAAAAAUGAUAGUCCCAAAAGUUUGGCCAAGGUUAAUAAUAACAAUGCUUCAUCAUCAUCAUCAUCAGGCAGUCAUCGUUCAAAUGUGCCAAGUAAAAGUAUUCCUCCAAGAAAAAACGAUAUUGUACCCAAAAAGGGUAUACUUGGUAGCAAACUCAAAGAGUUUCCACCAAGGGAUUUAUUGCCUAAGCCUCAAAUAAAACAAUUUCCUCCGCCAGAUGUCAGGGAUAUAAAAAGAAAGAAGCCAAUAGUGGCAAGUAGAGGUCGAAUAAUUGAUGAUGACGACUCCGAAUAUGACUCUGAACUGGAUGAUUUUAUUGAUGAUGGUGACGAAGGCAAUGACUACUCCAGUUACAUUAAAGAAAUCUUUGGCUAUGACAAAUCCAGAUAUAAAGGAGUGGACGAGGAAAUUGACAAUAUGGAAGCUAGUUUUGCUCAGCAGAUGAAAGAGGAAGCAAUCAGUACCAAAAUUGGUAUUAUGGAAGAUCUGGAAGACAUUAAAAAGGAGGAAGAGGAAAAACGACUAAAAGCUUUGAGGAAAAAGAAAAUGAGGCGUUAGGUUUUUUGAUAUUUGAGAGGACAUUUUAUACAAUUUUUACUGCCAACUAUUUUUUGUCUCAUUGAUGGAGUUUAUUUUCUAUUUCCAAAACUGGAAUUUCCCAUUGUGAUAGUGUAUGUUACAUAUAUUUAUAUUUUGUUUAGAUAUAACUAUAGAAAGAAAUUUUGUAGGAUUUUUUUUCUUAAAUUUAUAUACUUACAUCACAUCUCGACUACAUAAAAUUGAUCUUUCUUAUUAUACAAUAUUGGGUUAAUAUU